AUGCUGUCGAGACAAGCAAUGCUCGCGGCCCGCACGGCUGCCUCCCGCCGCACCGUCGCCGCCGCGACUCCGGCUCUGAUGCGCGGCUACGCUGCCGCCGCUGCCGGCUCCCAGGCCCAGACCAAGGACGUCAAGGCCCCGGUCGCCCUCUUCGGCCUUGACGGCACCUACGCGACGGCUCUGUACACUGCUGCCGUCAAGACGUCCACCCUCGACCCCACGGCCAAGACCGUUGCCGCCCUCGCCGCCCUUCUCGCCAAGGACUCCAAGCUCGGCGCCAUCCUCGCUACCCCCACCCUGUCCACCGCCGACAAGACCGCCGUCAUUGCUGAGCUGCAAAAGUCCACCAACAGCGCCAACCAGCCGACCGUCUCGCACUUCCUCCAGACCCUGGCCGAGAACAACCGCCUGGCCCUCCUGGGCGACGUGGCCACCAAGUUCGGCGAGCUGAUCCGCGCCGCCAACGGCGAGGUCGAGAUGAUUGUGACGAGCGCGCAGGCGCUGGACAGCAAGACGCUGGGCCGCCUGGAGACGGCGAUUGCCAAGUCGACGUUUGUCGGCCAGGGCAAGAAGCUCAAGGUCACGAACAAGGUCAACCCGGACAUUCUGGGCGGCCUCGUGGUGGAGGUCGGCGACCGGACAAUCGACCUGAGCGUGUCGGCCAAGGUCGCCAAGCUCAACAAGCUGCUGACGGACAACUUGUAA